GGAUGGGAUGGUGGAGUGGAAGGGCAUCAGUUAUCAUCUUAGUUGUUCUUGUUGGUUAUGUCGUUGUAAUCUUCCAAAUUUAGUUUAAAAUGAAAUUGUCAUAGUUUAAAAUUAUUUUAAAUCCCUUCCAGUUAUCUCCAACAUGUAAAACAUCCCACAUCCAGUUGUAAACUGGCUAAUUGUCGUCUUGAGUGUUAUUUUGUGUGGAUUUUUUUUGUCUUACCUUAGUUGUGAGAUUUGCAUAUCACCUUUGACCUAUUAUUAUAAGGCCAAUUCGAAGGUAAUCUAUGAUUCAAUGAAAGUUUUGUGAUCUACUGGACGCGCUUGUCAUUCAUUUGUCAAAAUGGACUAUACGGAUUUAAAUAGUUGUAUUGAAAACUAUAAUGACUUGUCAAAAGAGUUCAAGGAAUUGGAGAAUGCAAACAAGGAAUACCUUACUAAAUUAGAAGAACUAGGGGAGCUACAAUCAAAAUGCGUGAAAGAAAUCAGUCAUCAAAGGUAUCGGUUGGACAUCAUUUCCAAAUCAUUGAGAAAAUUCAGGUUGAAAAACGAGGAAAAAGCUGACGCCAAAAAACUUAGGGAUGACAUCGAGAAAAGGCACCACCAUCUUUGUGAGAUGGAACAUUGUCUACCAAAACCGAACGGCACAUAUUUGAAAAUAAUACUAGGCAAUGUGAACGUUUCAAUAUUAAACAAAAAUGACAAAUUCAAGUACAAAGAUGAGUAUGAGAAAUUCAAAGUCUACCUAUCUGUUAUUGGAUUCGCACUUUCUGUCAUCAACUUGAGCACAAAUUUCAGGGUGCUGGAGCUGUUGUUCAUGUUCCUGCUGGUGUGGUACUACUGCACGCUGACGAUCAGGGAGAGCAUCCUGAAGGUGAACGGCUCCAAGAUCAAGGGCUGGUGGCGCGCGCACCACUUCAUUUCCACCGUGGUGAGCGGCGUCCUCCUCAUCUGGCCCACCUCCACCACCUGGUACCACUUCCGGCCGCAGUUCAUGGUCUUCAAUGUCUACAUCAGUUUUGUGCAGUUCCUGCAGUUCAAAUACCAACAAGGCGUGCUGUACCGUCUGAAGGCGCUGGGCGAGCGGCACAACAUGGACAUCACCAUAGAGGGCUUCCACUCGUGGAUGUGGCGGGGCCUCUCCUUCCUGCUGCCCUUCCUCUACGCCGGCUACCUGUUCCAGCUCUACAACGCCUACACGCUCUACACCCUCGUCAACCACCCCGACACCAGUUGGCAGAUACCUGUGCUGGCUGCACUCUUUUUCACACUCUUUCUCGGUAACACAGUGACAACAUCGAUCGUGAUACGACAAAAGUUUCACGAGAAGUACGGAGCUUACAUCUACGACUACACGACCAGCAGUAGUCACAAACGACACAAGAGCGACGAAGCCAACCAACACAAAUCUGACUGACUCCAUCAUUUUUAUACAUCAAUCAUUAUAUUUAUAAUAACUAUAAAUUAAAAUCUGGGCUGGUCUUUUUGGCAUAAAUUUACUCAUUCAACUAGGUAAAUGGUGUUGUAAAUAAAUAUUUCUUAUUUAUUCUAUUGUUAAGUGUGUUUGUGAGAAGUAUGAUAUGAGAGAGUGAAUGGGUGAAAUUGUGUAUUUAAGAUACAAACUGUUGGGGGAACUAGAUGGGGAUUUAGUUUUUCGAGAUGUUUUGAUAUUUUUCUAAAAAUCAUGUUUCAAAGCAGUUUAUUUCUGCAGUUAUUCAAGGUACAAACUGUUGGGUAACUAGAUGGGGAUUUAGUUUUUCGAGAUGUUUUGAUAUUUUUCUAAAAAUCUUGUUUCGAAGCAGUUUCCAUCAUAUACACGUCAUUGAAAGGAAUUGGAGAGGAAAAACCAGGCAAACCGUGAGAUAUUUCUCUCCCGAAUCCAGAGAAAUAAACCGAUGGAAAUUAUUGAUUGAAAAAAAUGAUUUUUUUAUAUUACUGAUGAAAUCAGUAUCAUAUAUUGUUGUUGGUGAGAUUUGGUGAUAUUUAUUCGCAAUGAAACCCUGGGAUACUGUUUAGAAAUAUCAAGAAUUUAUUGCAAAAUUACAUAAAUGUUUCAACACUAAUUGUGUAAUCUUCAGUGUUACUACUACUCUUAAGAUGACACCAUUGGUGUUGGAACAUUUUCUCAAUUAUUAUUCAAUAAGUUCGUUAUAUUUCUAGACAACAUCCCAGUGUUUCAAUAAAUCAAUAUCAUUAUGUUUUCAUUCUAUUUUCACUAUAAAAUCAUAUAAGGACCAUACUAAUUCAUAUAAAAUAAGGUACAGCAAUUCCUAAAAAUUUUCAUGAGUAAUAUUUCUGCAUAUGUCUGUAUAUGUCAGCUAUCCAUCUCCCGAAUCUAAAUAAACCAAUAUAAAUUACUGAUGAAAUUAUCAAUAUUAUUAUGGUACCUAUUUUUUGGUCAUUUUAUCACUAUAAAAUCAUUUUAUUGUUAUGGUGACGGUGAUUGUAAUUCUAAAUUCAUCUAUAAAUUAUGAAGACUUUCAUAAUAAUUUUACAAUAGAAACAAAACAUUUAAUACAAAAAUACCAAAGCUGGGGAACCAUCAAUUAUAUAGUAAUUUCAGACAUGAGUAAGAGAUGGAUAAAAUGUUAUGGUCAUACCAAGAGGCUUACUGAUUUUGGAAUUACAAAGCAUAUAUGUAGUUCCUCAUUCCAAUUGAGAAAAUGGAUUGAAAACUAUUUUCUUUGAAGAUUGCUGAUGAUUAAAUUUACAAUCAUACAACUAUUUUGAAGAAAAAAAUCAUUGGGAAGCUAUUCCUGAGGUAAAAAAUUGAACUAAGGAAGGAAAGGUGAAUGAAGCAUUUCAAAAAUCAUAUGACAAAAAACACUCCAUCAAUUUAAAAUAUCAAUAAUUAUUCAUGUUUCAUUAUCAUGAUUGUAUUAUCAUUAUCAUAAUGAUUAGAAAUAAGUGUAAUCAUUCUCUUCCACUCCGGGUGUUCUACAGCCAAUAAGAAUAAUAAUAAUACUGAGGGUGAUGCCCACAUGAACUCUUAGGCUUGUGCGUGGGUAGUGAGUGAGAGGGAUGAUGAUGAGAGAUGACGGCUACUUUUUUGAUAGUCGAUACCGACGGAUUAUCAUCUCCUCCGAAAGACGGGAAAGAAUGCUAAUAGAUAAUUAUAUGCACCGUACUUAUAGAUAUGAUAAUUUAUGAGAAAAAGAUAAUCUAGAAGAGACAAGUUCAUAUAUCUUGUUUAAAAUCAAUACUUCAACAUGACUGUUCAAAUAAUUGUAGUAUUUUGAAGUUUUGCAUUGGAUAUUAAUUUCACGGCAGACUGAGGAAAAAUGUUUCCCCUGGUGUUCGAAUUUUACAACGCACACAGACGCUGGUCUGUCUUUCGUCGGCAUGCAUACGUUUAAUCAUUUUUUUCUACGUCUGUCUGUUGUGUGCGUUUUCCUUUUAUUAUACUCACUGUUAUAUUAAUUUAUAAAAGUGGAGUUAAAGCAAUGAUACUGGUGCCUUAAAAGUUAAGUACAAAGUACUUAGUACUUAGACUCGAAACCUAGUGAAGUACUUAACCAAAGUACACUGUCAGAGGGCAUUUUGCUAGUUUAUGGUAACCAAAAAUAUCCCUCAUCCAAAGUAGCUCCUUAAUAAGAAACUAAUAAUUUAAUCAAAAUUAAUUGAGGUUGUUAAGCUCUGUUUAAGCUAUAAUUUAGUUGUAGGCUAUGAUGUGGUGUUAUGGUUGUUAGUAGUUUUGAUAAUUUAUUGUCAUUUAAUAUGAAAAUUUGUAUAUAUUCCCAGGAUUAAAAAUAUUAUCAAGGUCUACCAUUUAAACAGAGCUAACUAUUAUGUACAGAGGUGCAGAAAUUCCUAAAAAUUAGACUUCUCUUUUGGUUAUUAUUAAUGCGUGGAGAAAAACGGAAGAUAUUACAUCCUAACAACCAUUUUAUUCCAUGAUAUAGGUACCUGCUAAUUUUUGGUACGUUCCUAACCACCGAUAAUUAAAAAAUAUGUUAUUUUAUUAACCCAUUCAUCACAUAUUUAUUUUAUCAAUAAUAUUUUCACAUGAGGUUCAAAUUCAAUUGUCAACCUGAAUCUCUUCUAGAUAUUAUAUCUACUCCAAACUAUAUUUGCAUUUUUAUAAUAAUAAUUAUUAUUAUAUUUAUUUAUUUCUAUAAUGAUAAUUCACAUUCUAUAAUUAAAGAUUAUUUAUAAAAUAAUAAAUAACAGCGCUACAAAUAAAAUAAAAAUUAAGUUUUAAUAAUCUAUUAAUUUCUUUGAAUCAUUUAAAUUAUUAUCAUUCGCAAGUUAAUUUUGUUCUUGUAAUAUUUAUUUUCCAAAGAAAGUAUGAGUGUUUGAAUGUGUGUAUUGAGUCUCAGUGUUGAUAGAAGAUUGGACGAUUCUUUAUUGACUCUUUUUGUAUCAUUUAUUUGACAUUUAUCAGUAAAAUUUCUAUCAAAUCAAAUUAUUCUACAUCGAAUUUGUCUAUUUUUAAAAUAGUUUGUAACUAAUGAAUAUUUGUGUCUAUAUUUUGACUCAUAAAGGUAAUGUUAAAUAAG